CGCACACGCAGGUUCUAAUUUUCAAAUUGUUUCAGUUGUGGAUCGAGUGCAUUGCAAAACGCCCACGGUUGGCCUUUGUUUGUCUUGCAAUUAAUUAAUCUACUGCGUUUUAGCCGCCUCUUACGGCCGGCUAAAAACGGAAGCUUGCGCAUUUUUCCAGAGAAAUUGCCGCGGAAUCGCCGCGAGAUCGAACCGAAUUCUGCCGCGCGAAUUGUUCGCGCGAUAAGCGGAAAGCGAAACGGCGGGAAAAUGUAAUUAGUAGCCUGUGUGCUGCGCGAUUGUAAAUUACGGAUUCGCGAUCGCGUUGAUCGAAGGAAAAAUGAAAAGCCGUGGAUAACAAUGAAAAGGGGUCGGAUCCGCGAUCGAAGAAACGAGAAAUUACCGAGCACGUCGAGCGAAAGAAAGACGAGAACGACAACAAAAACACGGCAGUUCGCUUCGUCCGAUUAAUUGUUCGCCGAUCUUUAUCGCUAACGAACGCAUAGAAUUUCCAGCCGAUCUACGAACAGAGAGAGAGAGAGAGAGAGAGAGAGAGAGACGACUAUGGAAGCGUUAUUAUACUGUCUCCGCUACACGGCGCUGUUAUUGUUAUUGAGAUAAUUAUCGGCCACGUAUACGUGUAGGUUGUGGAACUCGUUUAAACUUUCUCGUUUUAUCGUGAUUACGUAAGUUAUCGGGUGAGCUGUCGCUCCACGUGUCGAUUGAUUCCGACGGGAGCCGAUGAUACGAAAUCGAGAAACACAGAGACUUCGACCCGUGGAAAUUGCGCGCAGAGGGCUCGGCAACAACAACAACAACGACAACGACGAAACGAAACAAAAAAAAAAAAGAUGCACGCAGGACGAACCAGCAAAAGGUCGGUGAACCGUUUCCAUGCGCACGUCGUGCGGUGGUUACCGUCGUUGCUCGACCGAAUACAACCCAAUUACCCUGAAUCCGUAAUCGCCGUGCAAAAGUGUGAAUCCCACAGUUGUGUUCAAGGUCGUCCCGCGGACUUAUAUAAUGGGAGCUGUCCGAAAUUGGAUGAAAGAUAACAAUGCGGGAAGGCACGACCAAUCGAUACAGGCCGAGGCGACUCCGGCACGGCGAGUCCGAAUUUUUUCGCAAAAAUCGAUGGGCUCGAAAGCGGCCCGCGAACAACGUUGUGCCGAAUAAAACGGAACGGAACGAUGCGACUGCGUUCGAUCGGUCGUUCUCCCGAUCCUUCUCUUUCUUCGAUCACGCCGUCGGGAGCAUCGACGACGAUCUUUUUCUUUCGUACAAUAGAUGUAUAAAUUGUACACCACCGGCGAUAGAAGACUUUCCCCACGAUCUAUUCGACGAGAAGGAAAGGCAAGGCGGUGCUGUCGUCGUUCAUGUGAUCGUCUCUCUAUACCUAUUUAUCGCGUUAGCAGUAGUAUGCGACAAAUUCUUUGUACCCGCAGUGGAAAAAAUUUGUCACGCGCUCUCGAUGUCCAAGGACGUCGCCGGUGCCACUUUUAUGGCCGCAGCAACGUCGGCACCGGAAUUGUUCGUGAACGCGAUCGGCACGUUCAUUACCGAAGGUGACAUCGGCGUCGGAACAAUAGUAGGCUCGGCUGUAUUCAACAUCCUCGCCGUGCCAGCUUGUUGCGGUAUCGGUGCCGGAAUGGUAGUCCCGUUGGAUUGGUGGCCGGUUAGCAGAGACUGUCUUGCCUACGGCGUUACCGUUGCCAUCUUAAUCUGUAUUAUACACGACGAGAGGGUGGAAUGGUACGAGGCGUUGGCGCUAGUGCUGCUGUACAUCGUCUACAUCGCCGUGAUGUACUGGGACAAAUCGUUCCAACGGUGCACACGGUUCCGCGACGUUGAUCAAUCGUCGUUGGAUGAUCAUCGACUCGCGGGAGAGAACAGCAUAGAAAUCCGCUUAGCGAGCACCGACAAAGUGCAGCCAGCCAAUGAUCAAGCUGAACGCACGGAUGUGCCUUUGCAAAAUGGAGGAACGAAGACUCAAGAGGAGAAUCCCGAACCGGACUACGAGUACGAGUUAUUGGUCUGGCCAGCGCGGGCAGGUUGGAUACGAAAAACGGCUUGGAUCUUGACGUGGCCGAUACACCUAAUAUUCAUGUGCACGAUACCAGAUUGCGAGAAGCAGCGAUUCAAGAAUUGGUUCCCGGUCACAUUUCUCAUGUGCAUCAUCUGGAUCGGAUCAUUGAGCUACGUCGUCGCAUGGAUGAUCACAAUAAUCGGUGAUACCCUAAAGAUACCGGACUCUGUGAUGGGCAUUACGUUUCUCGCAGCCGGCACCAGCGUUCCAGAAGCAGUGUCCAGCGUGAUAGUUGCCAAGCAAGGGCACGGCUCAAUGGGUAUCAGUAAUUCAAUAGGCUCGAACACGUUCGACAUAUUGUUAUGCCUGGGCCUGCCGUGGCUAAUCAAAUCAUCGUUCUCGCCGACGCAGCCUGGAAAGCAUUACAUCAGUAUAAACUCCGGCGGCCUGGAGUACAGCGCCAUAUCGUUGUUGUCGACGCUGAUGUUACUUUACAUUGCUUUCGCCUCGAAUAAGUUUCAGCUCGAUAGAAAAGUAGGCCGUGCCUGUUUGUGUAUGUAUGCUGUGUUCCUCAUAUUAGCAUCGUUGAUAGAACUAAAUGUAUUCUUUAGGGUAAAUUUGCCCACCUGUCAAAGGACGGUCAAGUGAUACGGGAACCGAGAGUAGAACGUUUUUAACGAUAUUCGAUACGGUUUUAGUUGAUUAUCGUAUGUUCUUUAAGAACUGACGACACGCAACACCGUGGACCGAAGAAUACUGUUUUAUAUUACGCGGAACCUCUCUUUCUCACACUCUCUCUCCCUCCUCCCUUCUUUCUUUCUCUCGCCCGUUCUCCCUCUCCCCGUCUCUCUCUCUCCCUCACUCCUCGUUUCGCUUUUAAGAGACACCAUCUCUCUCGCGGGGAUUAAAAAAGAAAAAAAAAGCUCCACCCCCUACGUUUAUUGUCCGCGCAUCGCGCCGACUGUUCACCGGCCGGUUAUGCAUUAUGUUUUAUCCGUUCGAGCCGCAGCUUCGACCCCCUUUCGAUCAGAGCCCGUCUAGGUCCACUCUCCCCAUCCCCCUUUUGUUAACUUUCUCUCGUGUCCAACGUUCCGGGCUCUCGGGAAAAAAAAAGAACCGUCUACCGUCGCCCUCGACACACUUGCCUCGUCUCGUUGUCGCUCUUUCUCUCGCCCUAAACUACAACUCUCAAUCGGGAGCAGGGAAAAAACGAAGCGGAUCGUAGAGUCGGACGUUCGGCGUCGAGCUGCACGCGCAAGAAACGCAUCGCGGAAACACGGUCGCGCCACUUUUUGCCGAAAUUGCUGAAUUCACGGGACAGGAUCGCGCGCGCAUUCGAUAACGAACCGGCCGCCGCGUCCAACGGACGCCGUUUCUUUCGUGCGGAAACGCGUCGAUCGGUCGGGGGGAGGGCAGGGGGGGUGCUGGGAAAACGAAGCAGCGACUCGCCGUGUCCGGUUACGAGAAUUACCCCGUUAAACCGGACACCGGAUUAUUUCCUUUUUUUUCUUCCUUCAUUCUAAAAUCGCCGGAUUGGUCGUUAUCGGCCAAUUAUAAUAUCGCCGAUGCGGGAGCCGCGACGGACGGGAAGCGUGCACGAUCAUGCGCGUUCGAAAAUGAACUGCCGUCUCUACGGAUGCGUCUCGUUUUCAGAACACACCGGAGGCAACGAAAAUGCCCGCGUGCCCGUUACGUAUGUAUGUGUACACGUAAGCGCCGAGCACCACCGAGCCAGGUUCCGAUAAUCGGUUGUCGUUGCGGAACAUUUACGAUAAUCUAUUAUUGGAAGGGGAAAAAAUUACAAAAUAUCAAUUAUGACACACAGCGACGAUCAUUACCGAAAGAGAUGCCACUCAUUCGUUUCAUACCAAAUACAUAAACGUGGACGCCGCAGAGAGCGUGCCCGCGCCUUGCGAACACGAGAUGUUCCUUCGUCGAUCGCCGGAUGAAAAGAACACGACAGAUAGACAGACAGACAGACACGGGAUCACAGAAUUAAAGGGAGAUCUUGUUCGCAACAUUUUACGGUCCCCGCGGUUUCCGAUAUUGUUCACGGAAUAAUAGCUCCGUCGUUCCGCGCCAAGAUCUCGGUUGUCGUCGCCGCGGCGGCACCUACAUCUGACUUUCAAAUACCUAAAUAUCCGAAUUUGUCCGUGAUACUAUCGACGAAAGCCCGCGAUUUGACCCGCGCCAGGGGCUGUCAUGCCAUACCGAAUCGAGCCAGCGCUAUAUUUAACAGUGUCUACCAGAUUCCGCCGUCCCGCCUAGAAAAUCAUCGACGAUGCGCUUUUCGAAGCGAUCGUUCCGUUCAUUAAAACAAGAAAAAAAGAAAAGAAAAGACAUAGAAUACGUUGUGUAGAUUCGAAGCGUCGCGUUUUCAAGGUGCCACACUCGCUCUCGCCUCUCGCCGUGCAUUGUGACGUGUACUGAAAUUCACCGAUGGGUGUGUAUUUAGGUAAUCUACGAACUUAACGUGUUUAAUAAAGUACUGUAAUAAGUUA